AUGCAUCCCUUAAUUAAAUAUUUUUACAACAAUAUCAUUGGCCUACGAUUAGACACAGGAGAAAGAGCAAUGCUAUGUGUCCGGACGAUGGCUUCACUGGAAUAUGGGAAGGUUCUGCGAGCACACAUUGAUAGUAUCAAUCAAUGCGAAAAUGCGCGUGUGCUGGUGGUGUACGCUGGAAAGGAUAUACUAAUCGAACCGGAGAUUCCGCUUGAGCUUGCUAGUUUGUUCAGCGAUCACAAAGCGCUGGUGAGUGCUAUUCUUUGGAAAUACUAA